AUGCAGGAGUUGGACCAGCUUAUUAGUUGUCAUCGGAUGGUGUCGGGGACUGUUCUUAACGAGUAUGAGGAUUCGUGGCUGUGGAAUAAUCAACUAAAGAAUCUUUCGGUUCAGGAUAUUAAAGGAUGGGUCCGAAGUGGCACGUCACAGGAGCUGGUCAGCACGUUCCGUUGGUGUAGAUGGUUGCCGGCCAAGUGUAAUAUAUUCAUGUGGAGAGCUUGUUUAGAUCGGAUUCCUACGAAGGUGGCGUUGAGACGAAGAAAUAUUGUUACAGGAGAUAGCCUUUGUGUUUUUUGUGAUAACGCUGAAGAAACGGUCGACCACUUAUUGACGGAAUGCAGGUUCGUUCAAGGAGUUUGGAGUGGGAUUGCACAUUGGUGUCACCUUCCGCCGAUUUUCCUGUUUUCUACCCAAGACGUGCAGGCUUUGGUUGAUCAUGUGGGUUGCCCGAGCAGAAAGAAGGAGGUGAUUUUGGGCAUUUUGGUCAUAACAUGUUGGCGUAUUUGGAAGGCGAGAAACGAGAAGGCUUUCAAGAUGAUAAAUGUGAAGAUUGCUCAAGUUAUUUCGGACAUCAAAUCGUUGAGUUUUCUGUGGUAUUCUAGUAGUGGCAAAGAUAGUGUGGACUGGGCGGGUUGGCAUUCUUUUAGUUUUGAUGUAAUGUAA